AUGCUAAACCUUGAGCACCAGAGAGAUUCCAGCCUGAGCCUGGAGACCCUGGGCUCGGAGGUGGACAAGAUCCACUCACAUGUGGCUGCACCAGAAGCAGGACAAGUAAUUGCUGUUCUUGGAGGUGUUAUAGGAGGAAUCCUUCUAUUUGUUCUCAUUGGAAUUACUGCAUAUCUACUCUACAAGAAAUUGUGCCUCUUUUCUUCUUAUGAAGAGCUUACUAGUCCCAUCACAAGACCACCUGCAAAGGCCCUUUUGCAGAAUCAGUCACCUUCUGAAACUCAGCCAAAAGACACAAGAUCUAGAAGUGUUCCAUUUAUCAUUCCACCUACUCUGCACGGGAGAGACUGGAUUAAGUUGAUGAAUGAAGAACAGGUUCAGCAAGACAGUGAACCCUACGUGAUUCCUCAGUCCGGGCCACGGUCAUCAUUUCAUUCUUUGGCUGGAGCUUAUGUUGUAGGGACCAUUAACCCAGAACUAUACAAGUUUCCUGAAGACCCAAGUGAGACAGAUUUUCCUGAGGGCAGCAUUGGUCGUCUCUGGUUCUCUGUAGAGUACGAGCAAGAGUCAGAAAGGCUCCUGGUCUCCUUGAUUAAAGUCAGAAAGCUGCAGCCUCCUGCUGAUUCCUGCAGUCCAUUUGUGAAAAUCUACUUGCUGCCAGAUGAAAGACGGUACUUGCAAUCCAAAACAAAAAGGAAAACGCUUAAUCCACAAUUUGAUGAAAGCUUUGUUUUUCAGGUUUCCAGUAAAAUGCUGUUCCAAAGUACUCUGAAAUUCUUGGUUUAUCAUGUUGAUAAGCAGAAAAAGCACCAUCUCCUAGGCCAAGUUAUUUUUCCAUUGAAAAAUGAAACACUAACUGAUGACAACAAAACAGUUAUAUGGAGAGACCUGGAGAAAGACAGCUUGGAGGCUCCCUCAGAGCAUGGUGAUAUCCAGUUCUCUCUCAGCUACAAUGACUACCUGGGCCGUCUGACUGUAGUGGUUCUGAGAGCAAAGGGACUAAAACUCCAGGACGAGAGCCAGACUGCCAGUGUAUAUGUCAAAGUCUCACUAAUGAACCAUAAUAAAUUCAUCAAAAGUAAGAAGACAACAGCUGUUCUGGGAUCCCUCAAUCCAGUGUAUAAUGAAACCUUCAGCUUCAAGGCAGAUCAGACAGAGCUGGAUACAGCAAGCUUGAGUCUAUCUGUGCUCCAGAAUAUCAAAGGAGACAAAACACAGCUGCUGGGGCGUGUAGUAGUUGGGCCCUUCAUGUACACUCGGGGCAAAGAACUAGAGCACUGGAACGAGAUGAUCAGCAAGCCCAAGGAGCUGGUUAAACGAUGGCAUGCUCUAUGCCACAGCAUGUAAGCAGCAUCAUUCUGGGGACAAGAUAUAACCCUUAACACAGAACAGCUCUCCAUUCUUUCAUAAGAGUGUAUCAAGAAGGUAACAACUCUUUCCCCAAACACAAAACCUYGUCCCUGGCAGACCACAACUCUUAUCUGGCCUCUCUCCCAAACUAAUUUUCCAUUUUAACUAAUACAUAACAGAGUAAAUAAUGCAGAAAGACAUAAGUGCUGGAUCUCCCAGCAUUAGCAUUUUGACUAGUGGACACAAAAGAUGCUCUGUCAUUUGGAUGCAACCCAAAGCAAYCUGAGGAAUUGCAAAUUACAAUACAAGGCCUAACUGCCUGGUGCAUCACUAUGGAUGGACCACAUUGACCAAAAUAGAUGAAGCCCCUAAGCAUGGAUCUGUAAAAACACCACCGAAGUCCAAGAUAUUUCAACUGGUUGCUAAAUACUUACAGCAUAUUUAAGAUAGCAAUGUUACAUUUAAAACCUCCUCUGAAUAUGAACUGUGAAAAACAUUAAGCAGAUAUUGUUCAAACGCCUAUAAACACCUGUUUGAGCCCCUCAGCAGAGCUGAGCUUAUUUGAGCGGUAAUUCAGUUACAUAUUCUUGGAUGACCUGAACACACAACACACUGCUGACAUUGAGGGAGAAACAGGAAAGCUGCGCUCAAGUCAAAGGACUUGAAGCUUGCAGGAGUAUUGAGUACUCAGGGAAAGUGCCACUGGGUGCCUACCCUGCCCUUACAUGAAAGUCUGAUCAAUUAGCUUAAGACCCUGCAUCAUAAAUCCGUUUCAGUGGU